AUGUCCGUGAAGAGCUACACGUUCGACGAGAUCGCCCAGCACAAUACACGUGAAGACCUUUGGAUAGUCUACAAUGGCGAGGUCUUCGACUGCUCCGAAUACUUAGACGAACAUCCAGGUGGAGAGGAGGUCAUCAUGGAGUGCGGUGGAACGGAUUCUACCGAGCCCUUCGACGACAUCGGACAUUCUGAGGAUGCCAAGGAGAUGCUGGAAGGCAUGAAGAUUGGUGUUGUCGCCGGAGGUAUUCCAAAGAGGGCUGCUGCUGCUUCUUCUGGAUCGAGUUCUGGUGGUUCCUCCUUGCCGUUGGUAGCUGGAGUUGGUAUUGCUUUGGCGGCUGUUGCAUAUUUCAUUUUGAAGAAAUGA